GGUGACAGCCGUUGUGCGACGUCUUGGGGAAGCCAUGGGGCGGCAGUGGGGACCCUCCAUGAAGGUGGCGGAGCAGGCGGGCUGCGUGGUGAGCGCCUCGCGGGCCGGGCAAUCCGACGUAGGCUCGUGGAGUUGCAGCGGGGUGAUCCUGAGCCGCAACCCAGGCCUUGUGCUGUGUCACGGGGGCAUCUUCACCCCCUUCCUGCGGACGGGCAGCGCGGCGCUGACCCAGACGGGUGCCACUUUCCUACCCGGUGACAGUUGCAGCGAUGACCUACGCCUGCACGUGCAGUGGAGAUCCACGGCUGCUAGCCCCGCCGGUCGCGCAGAGCAGGAACUCCCGGGGCUGUGUACGCCUCAGUGUGCAAGCGUGGGCCUCGAACCCGGCACCACCGGCCGGGUCCGGGCACGGCCUCUCCAGCCCCCGCGGCCCGCGCAGCUACUACUGCUGAUCAGCUGCCCUGCUUUCCGCUCCCACUUCGCACAACUCUUCGGGGCCGAAGCGGCCGAACAAUGGCACUUCGUGAGCUCGGCGCCCGACGAUGCGGUGUCGGAGGAGGAGGAGGAGGACCAGCUGCGCGCGCUCGGCUGGUUCGCGCUGCUGCGGGUGCGAUCGGGUGAGGCGGCGGAGGAGAGGCGGGGGCCGGCCGUGACCGUUGCGCCGCUGGGGACCGUGGCCAAGGGCACCCCGCUGCUGGCUUGCGGCUCUCCGUUCGGCGCCUUCUGCCCGGACAUCUUUCUGAACACGCUGAGCCGCGGCGUGCUCAGCAAUGCUUCGGGACCGCUACUGCUCACCGAUGCGCGCUGCUUGCCGGGCACGGAAGGCGGCGGAGUGUUCGCGGCGCGGCCCGCGGGCGCGCUGGUGGCGCUGGUGGCGGCGCCUCUCUGCUGGAAGGCCCGCGAGUGGGUGGGCCUCACGUUGCUUUGCGCCGCCGCCCCGCUACUCCAGGUCGCUCGCUCCGCGUUGGCUCGCCUGCAUCCGGGCUCCGCCUCCCUGGCGCUGCUGCUGCCACCCGAGGUGGGCUCCCCGUGGGGCCCGCCCCUGAGAGACUUCGGACCCCCGUGGGCAGCUGCGGCCGUGCUGGUGGAGUGUGGUACUGUGUGGGGUUCCGGAGUGGCCGUGGCGCCUCGCCUGGUGGUGACUUGCCGGCACGUGGCUCCCCGGGAAGCAACCAGGGUCCUGGUGCGCUCGGCCAUCCCCAAGAAUGUGGCAAUCUGGGGACGAGUGGUAUUUGCCACUCAGGAGACCUCUCCAUACGACAUAGCAGUGGUGAGCCUGGAAGAGGACCUGGAUGGUGUCCCCACGCCUGUCCCCACCGAGCACUUCCAUGAAGGUGAGCCUGUCAGUGUGGUGGGCUUUGGUGUCUUUGGCCAGGCCUGUGGGCCCUCGGUGACCUCGGGCAUCCUGUCGGCCGUGGUGCAUGUGGAUGACACCCCAGUGAUGCUACAGACCACGUGUGCCGUGCAUGGUGGCUCCAGUGGAGGACCCCUCUUCUCCACGCGCUCAGGGGACCUCUUGGGCAUCGUUGCCAGCAACACUCGGGACAACAACACGGGUGCCACCUACCCACACCUGAACUUCAGCAUUCCUGUAACAGUGCUCCAGCCAGCCCUGAAGCAGUACAGCCAAACUGGCGACCUGGGUGCUCUCCGAGAGCUGGACCAUGCCACUGAACCAGUCAGGGUGGUGUGGCGGCUGCAGCGGCCCCUGCCUGAAGCCCCGCGGAGCAAGCUCUGAGACCGUCCCUCUUCUGGGACAAGAGUCUCACUAUGUAGCUCUGAGUGUCUUGGAACUCACUUAUAUAGACCAGGCUGGCCUUGAACUGACAGAGAUCUACCACCCUCUGCCUCCUGAGUGCUGGGAUGAAAGAUGUAAGCCAAGAAAGAUCUCUCCUGACUCCCAAGGCAAUAUAGGCCAUUGAAGUUGCCCUUGGUGGCCUCCCAGAACUCGAAGGUGUGAUACUGUUGCUGAAGAUGGUACACACUUUGGACAUAGGGCUUGGAGGAAUCAGCAGGAACUGACCUCGAAGCCUCUCUGAGGACCAGCUCUCAUAGUCCUGGAAGGUGCCAGGCAAGAUGUCAGAGGAGGAAAGUAACCAGUCGUCCUGCCCGUCAGUAAAGCCUACAGAUCCCAGCGGCAACCAGCAAAGCAAGACGUCCCCAGUGGUGUAACAGUGGCACUGUUAUCAGCAGGGUAACCACCAGCUUUCUGAAUUACACUAAAGGUCUACUCAAUGGGCAGGAACUCUCCUCUGGUACAGCAGUCAAACAACUGUGGCCUGGACUCUGGAGGAGAACCCACUACCGCCAUUUUUCCUAAACCAGUAUCAUUUCUUAUCGAGAGCUGCCAAGUACCAGACACAGCACUCCCUCGGGGAUCAGAAAAAGACUUCUACAACAAGCGAAAGCUGGCUCGUGAAUGGGAUCUGAGGGGUAGAACUGACUGACUCAGACACAUUUUUCCUGCAUGUUUAUUCCUUGGGGGAAGACGAAAGAAGGGAGAAAAAGAAGCAUAAGGGCAUAAGGCAUAUAAGGGUAAAAAGGGGUGAUCUUCACAAAGCUUGUCAGUUUAUAUAGGCAUGCAGAUAAGUUAACAAUCCCGUAGGCGGUGACAAUAGUAUCAAGCAUGCAUUUUUACAGAGUCACAGGAAACCAGUGAACCUGGUAAGGAGGCACCUUACCUCUCAGAGCGGGCGUGGCUGCAAAUUUCCCCUGAGGCUGGGAACACAGUGUUGGUAACUAGACUAACCUGUGGGCUUAUUUUGCAUUAGCAUCUGGCUGGCUGAGUUAAAAGGAGUCUCUUCCAGGGGACUUUGAUUUUGACUCCAACAGGGUGCCCAUGUGAGGAUUUUUCUCUCUAAAGCUAGUUUUAGCAACCCAGACCUUUUUCCUGUAUAAACAGUUUAUUUCCUGGGCUAUGAUCCUAUGUUAGUUAAAAUCAAGGUAAAGGGUGAUAUAGAAAUUAGUAGCCUGUUAAGUCAGUGCAGAAGACUAAUAGAUCACACCUUCCUGAGUCUGCUAUUAGAGCAGACAUGUUACCUCCCAUAUGAGGCUCCUUUCUUAUCAGAGAGUACUGUCAAUAAAGAAAGUGUAUGGGGAACUAUUUUUUAAAAUUGUUUUUAUAGCGCUAUACAUUUUUCUCCGUUCACCUCUUCUAUCUCUUGUGGGGGACUAUUUUUAUAUAGAUUUUGGCUAUGAGAACAAUGACUCAUGCCAUAACUUCAUGGUAUUGGGGUAGGUAUCCAGUCGCCCUACAGGAAAAGUCAGGUUUAUACACUGCUGGGAUACUUAUGGAAGGGAGAAAUGCCGUGAUUUCCCAAGAUUUCUACAGAAUUGGCAGUGGCUUAUCCAAAGAACAGGUGUACCCAUGGCUCUGCAAAAACGGGUUCUCCAGGUGGAGUGUCCGUAUAUGCUUCCCGUGGAGAGUCCAGUAAGUCAACUGUCCACUUACUGUGUAAUACUUGUGGGCUCACCACAAUUUCUGUCUUCUUCUACUUAUUCUUAUAUCCACAGAGAAAUAUAGCUUUCACCAUCAAAGUAUAGUUUCCCAUCAAAGAAACCUCCCCCCCCCCUCCAGCAAUCUGGAGGCUCUUAGGCUAUUACAGGAAGUCACAAACGGUCAAAAGGCAAAGAAAAACUCACCAUGGAGUUCUGGCACCAACUGACACACUUACAGCACAUCCUCCACACCUAAGGCUCAGGGAACAUGAAGAAGAAGAAGGAAGGGGAUGAUUGUGAGAACCAGAGGACCGAGAUGCUUGCUGUGAGAGAGUGUCUUUGAGACACGAUGCCACCGUGAAACAAAGGCCGUGUAAUGCCCACAGUGGUCAACAUGGCAGUGUGGACGCGGGGAAUCUCACAAGGCCCCAUCUCUACAGUAAGAGCUACAGGCUCUUGAA